CCUGGGACGGCCGUGUGUGCAAAUGGCUGUAAGACCCGUUGCCGCGGUCGACACACCUCGACGACGCGGAGUCGGAUUUGUUUUUGUUUCUGGCGAGUGAACGAACGAACCGCCUUAUUAUUCCUCUGGCGAGAAGGUCUCUUUUGCGUCGCACACGACCUGUCUUCGCUCUGUCCAUCCGUCUCUGCGACCAACAGCAACAAGGUUGGCCUCACGACUUUGGCUCCGCGGUCCAGCUCUUCGCCAGGCCAAAGUGAAGCAGAAGGAGCUUGGGAAAGGAGAAAAAAAAAUAAAAAAAAAAAAGGAAGAAACCAUGGCGGGCCCCGUUCGACAGCCAAUCGACCUCAAGUCGCUGGAGAAGUACAUCGACGAGAACGUGCCGGAGAUCAAGACGCCGCUGCAGAUCAAGCAGUUCGGCUUCGGCCAGUCCAACCCCACGUACCAGCUCACCGGCCGGGACGGGCGCAAGUACGUGAUGCGCAAGAAGCCGCCGGGAAAGCUGAUCUCGAAGACGGCGCACAAGGUCGACCGCGAGUACCGCAUCAUCCACGCGCUGGAGCAGACGGACGUGCCGGUGCCCAAGGCGUACUGCCUGUGCAUGGACGACGGCGUGAUCGGGUCGGCGUUCUACAUCAUGGAGUUCCUGGACGGCCGCAUCUUCGAGGAGCCGCACAUGCCGGACGUCUCGCCCGAGGAGCGCCGCGAGAUGUGGAACGACGCCAUCCGCACCCUCGCCAAGCUGCACAGGAUCGACCCCAACAGCAUCGGCCUGGGCUCGUACGGCAAGCCGACCGGCUUCUACAACAGGCAGAUCGCCACCUUCUCGACGCUGAACGAGGCCCAGGCCGCCGUCGCCGACGUCGAGACCGGCAAGCCCGUCGGCAAGGUCCCGCACUCGGACUACUUCGUCGACUUCUUCAAGAACCCGGCCACCCAGCCCAAGGACAGGGGCACGCUCGUCCACGGCGACUUCAAGAUCGACAACCUGGUCUACCACAAGACGGAGCCCAGGGUGAUUGGUAUCCUCGACUGGGAAAUGUCCACCGUCGGCCACCCGCUGUCGGACCUCUGCUGCCUGCUCGAGCCGUACACGAUCACGCCGCGCACGUACGUGCCGCGCCGCAACUCGCGCGAGCAGUUCCGCCCCUCCACCCUGCUCGUCGGCCUGCCCACCCGCGCCGACAACAUCGCCCUGUACUCCCGCGUGUCCGGCUACGACGCCGCCCCGGACAUCCCCUGGGGCACCGCCUUCGCCAUGUUCAGAAACGCCAUCAUCUUCCAGGGCAUCGCCGCGCGCUACGCCCAGCGCCAGGCCUCCUCUGCACAGGCCUUCGAGGUCGGACAGGAGAUGGCGCCCAGCGCAGAGAUCGCAAGGGGCCUCGUCGAGGAGGCAAAAGGCCUGGUCGGCACCGCGACCAAGAUCAGCAAGCUGUAGACGUUUUUUGUGUUCCGUUUGUCGUCUUUUGAUCAUGUUUGUCUCUGCAUGUAGCGCAUCUACCUCCCAAGCCGUGUGUAAAGUUCAGCAACAUAUGCAUGUACCGUCGUCUUUGCGCCUA